AUGAAUUGCAGCCAAACACUCGGAAACAACAACACCAACAAGUACCAGAUCUGCGAGGAGAUUGGCCGUGGACGCUUCGGCACCGUCUCUCGCGUCUACGCUCCGGCCACCGGUGAUUUCUUCGCCUGCAAAACCAUCGACAAGAGCUCCCUCACCGAUGCUCUCGACCGCGCCUGCAUCGACAACGAGCCCAAGCUCAUGGCUCUCCUCGGAAACCACCCAAACAUCGUCCAAAUCCACGAUCUCAUCGACACUGAUUCCACUCUCUCCAUCUACAUGGAGCUCGUCGAUCCCUCCGUCUCGAUCUACGACACUCUCAUCUCCUCCGGCACUUUCUCCGAGUCCCAGGCGGCGGUUUUCGCCAAACAGAUUCUCCAGGCGCUUUCGCAUUGCCACAGAUACGGCGUCGUUCACAGGGACAUCAAGCCGGAGAACAUUUUGGUCGAUCUGCGCAACGAUUCCGUUAAGAUCUGCGAUUUCGGGUCCGGGAUUUGGCUGGGCGAGGGCGACACCACCGAAGGCGUCGUGGGAACGCCGUAUUACGUGGCGCCGGAGGUUCUGAUGGGGUACUCGUACGGCGAGAAGGUCGAUGUUUGGAGCGCGGGCGUCGUUUUGUACACUAUGCUCGCCGGAGCUCCCCCGUUUUACGGCGAGACUGCAGAGGAGAUUUUCGAAGCUGUGCUCCGAGGAAACCUGAGGUUCCCGCCUAAGCUUUUCAGGGGAGUUUCAUCGUUGGCUAAAGACUUCUUGAGGAAGAUGAUUUGUAAAGAUCCUUCUCGGAGACUCUCAGCCGAACAAGCUCUCAGGCACCCAUGGAUUCAGAGAGCAGGAGAAACAGAGGAAAGAUUCAUCUGA